AUGGACAUCGAUACCGCCGUGCCUGUUGAGGUAGAGAAGGGAAAUAAGACGCUGGAUGUGGAUGAUGCCCGAUUACUUGCUAUGGGGAAGAAGCCCGAAUUGCAACGCGUAUAUAACACCUGGACGUUGUGCGCGUAUCAGGUCAUGAUACAGGCCAGCUGGUCGUGUCUCAUUGUCCUGUAUUCAACCAUCUUCGAUGUCGGUGGCCCGACCAGUUUGAUAUGGGGCAGCCUGGUUGUCUCCGUAGGUCAAACGCUACUGAUGACCUCUUUGGCCGAGUACUGUAGUAUCUGGCCGACGGCUGGUGGACAGCAGUACUACACUCAGGCUCUCUCGAUGGGGAGCAUGCGGCCAUUUCUGUCAUAUAUAGUUGGAUGGGCUAUCAUGGUUGGAGAAAUAUCGACGGGGUCAAGCUGCGCGCUGAAUAGUGCUCAGAUUAUUGCGUCUUUUGUUCAAAUCGCUCACCCUGAAACAGAGUGGAAGUCUUGGAUGACUUGGCUACUUUAUAGUGGAAUGCUUGUUCUUCCAGUCAUUACAAAUCUCAACCAAAGAUGGCUACCAGGGGUGAAUCUUCUUGGCGCACUCUGGGUUGUCGGCGGCGGAGUCACUUGGGCGAUAGUCUUCAUCGUGAUGGCGCCCAAGCAUGACGCCAAUUUCAUCUUCACCGAAUUUAUGAAUAAUACUGGCUAUGCAAGCAAUGGAUGGGUAUUCAUCAUGGCGUUUUACAAUUCUAUGUACGGCAUGGUUGGUACUGACGGAAUGAUGCAUCUGGUCGAAGAGAUGAAGAACCCGUCUAAGAAUGCUCCACGCGCCAUGAUCUAUUCUAUGAUAUUCUGUGGCAUUAUGAGCUGGUUAGCAGCCGUCUUAAUGAUUUGGACCGCCGGCAACAUAAAUACCUAUAUGGACUCACCACAGCCAUACAUGAGCUGGUGGAUGGGUGUUACAGGCUCUCUCUAUGGUGGUGGUCUCUUCUGCGCCCUCGUGAUGAUUGGCAUCAACUUUUUCGUUAUCGUAGGCACCAAUAGUGCCGGAUCUCGAAUUGUGUGGAGCAUGGCUCGCGAUAAGGCUUUUCCUUAUUCCGAGUACUUGUCUCAGGUCAACCCUCGACUUGGAAUUCCUUUGCGAGCAAUUGGGUUUGUUGUGGUUAUCGACUUGAUACUUGGUACGUCUCCCCUUUUACUCACAAGUAGGAAAUUCUACUCAGGCUUGAUUGUACUGGGAAGUGACCUUGCCUUUCAAUCAAUCAUUUCUGGUGGCGGUCUGAUGUUGCAGGUCAGCUACUUGGUACCUGUGAUGGUGGUUCUUAUCCGAGGCCGAAAGAUUCUACCUCCACGCCCCCAUUUUGAUCUCGGUCGAUGGGGCUACCUAGUCAAUGUUCUCAGCGUCUGCUGGUCUUUAUUGAUUUGUGUGGUAUAUCUGUGUCCGCUUUACGUCCCAGUCACUGUCCCUACUAUCGAGAAUAUGAACUGGAGCUGUCUGAUUGUGGGCGCUACUAUUCUCUUCCCCGGAAUUUAUUGGAUCUUUGGGGCGCGUUUCAAAUACAUCAAAGAGCAUAACUCGGUCAUGGAGGACAAUGUUGUAGUGAUUGACGGUGUUAUCAUUGGAGGAAUGGAAGCUAUGACAAGGGGAGCCGGGCUUCACGCCGCUCAAACGAAGGAAUGA